UUGUAAUUAACAGAAUAUAUACGUCCGCACUGGUUUUGCAUUCUUAUUCAUUCAUUCAACUAGAAAACAAAAUGAUAAGGUUUUGUGUAUUAAUGUUGUGCUUUUUAGCUUUCAAUGCUGGUGCUGCAGAUGAUAGAAAGAUCAACGCAUUAGAAAUGUACUCCUGCAUAGCAUGCGCUGAAAAAGCCGUAAGGGAUGAGUACAUUCAAUGCAACAAAAUGUUGCCUGAAUCGUGCCAAGAACGGAAUCAAAUAUGCGUGGAUAAAUCUGUACCCGAAGCAAAAUCUCCUGAGGAACAAUGGAGUGCACUUUGCAAACAACCAGAAAAAAGGGAACAGGUAUACGAUUGCGUUAUGAACGAAUCCCAAGGCGUGGAUUUUUCUGAAGAAGACAUGGAUCAUUUCAAGGAAUUUACGACAUGCACAAGGAAACUGGAAGAAAAGCACUGCAAAAGUAAUUAACAUCAAUGCAAAUGAGAUGAAUUUAUUAAAAGAGAAAGACAAAAUUGGAAAUGCACAUGUAUAUGAAUAUAAAUACUUAUCUUGUGUUUGAUAAUGGAAAU